AUGGGUGCUCCCAAGCAGAAAUGGACACCAGAAGAAGAAGCAGCUCUUAAAGCUGGAGUUAUUAAGCAUGGGCCUGGAAAGUGGCGUACAAUUCUUAAAGACCCAGCAUUUAGUGAAGUAUUAUAUCUGCGUUCGAAUGUGGAUCUCAAGGACAAGUGGAGAAACAUGAGUGUGAUGGCAAAUGGAUGGGGUUCGAGGGAGAAGGCCAGGUUAGCUCUGAAGAGGAUGCAACGAGUCCCUAAGCAAGGAGAAAAUCACAUGGAAAUUACUCAUGUAUCACAAACCGAUGCAGAAAUUGUCAAUGCUAAGCCUCUUGCAGCUUCUACCAGUUCUCCAUCGACUGGUGGUUCAAAAAGAUCUAUGAUAAGGUUGGACAAUCUUAUAAUGGAGGCCUUAAGCAAUUUGAGGGGGCCUGGUGGUUCUAACAAGACCACUAUUGCUACUUACAUAGAGGAACAAUAUUGGGCACCCCCAAACUUUAAAAGACUGUUGUCUGCGAAAUUGAAGUUCUUGAUGGCAAGUGGGAAGCUUGUCAAGACGAAACGUAAGUACAGAAUUGUACCAACUUCAGGGUUAUCUGACAAGAAAAGACACCCCUCCUUGUUACUUGUGGAGGGAACGCAGGAGAGGGCUUCUCCUAAAGCUGAUGGGAAUGAUAUUAAUAAUGUUACCAAAUCACAGAUUGAUCUAGAGUUAACUAAGAUGAGGAGUAUGACUCCACAAGAGGCUGCUGCAGCUGCUGCUCAAGCUGUUGCUGAGGCAGAAGCGGCUAUAGCAGAAGCUGAAGAGGCAGCAAGGGUAGCAGAGGCAGCAGAAGCUGAUGCAGAAGCGGCACAAGCUUUUGCAGACGCGGCAAUGAAGGCACUGAAAGAGAGGGCCACUCCAAGGAUGAUGAUUCGUGCAUGAUGGAAAUUUACACAAUGGGCACCACGAUACAGGAGUGGAGUAUUGUUUGGAAUAACACCCUGUUAGGCAUAUGUAUUUGCUCCAGCUAACUUUGUUUGUAGUUGUAAAUAUGACUAGAUUAAUUGGCAGGUGAACUCCAGGGGUGCCUUUAUUAGCAACUCCUGAUGAACCAGUAGACUACGUGAACAGGUUUUUUUUGGGUUUUUUUUUGUUUUCUAUAUUGACAAUAAAACAUGGGGAAACUAUUGUGUAAUUUUGGAAAGUUUGUAUCAAACCUGAUAGGUAUUGGAUUUUUGGGCACUUAAAAGGUCAUUCUCUGUCAUAGAAAAUAGGAGAUCCAAAGAAAGACAGUUUUGUCAUUUGGUGUUUCAUGUUUAUUUGUCCUGCAAUUUCCAGAUAGCAGAGUAUGAGUUGAUGGAAGGUUUGGGCAAGUGUAAUCGAAUGGGUUGCUGCAUAUCGUUUUAAUUAGAUCAAUGCAUAGUCUCAUGUAUCUGAUGCCAUAUUUCGCCCUUAAGGUAUUUUGCUUGUAAUUAUUCAAUAUAUUGUGCUUUUUGGUGUGGAAAUUGUUCACCUGUUUGUUGUUUGGUGUGAUGGUGUGUUACUUCAUGUGAAGGUACCUCUUGGGUCCCUGACUCACUGUCGUUUAAAAGUGCUUUUAUAGGCUGCUAUGGCACUGCGAUCAUCAGUUUCUUGAGGUUUUGAAGUGUGCAAAUGUUACAGGUGUAAAAAGUAGGUAAUAUGUCUGUUAAACUGUGGUUU